GUGACCGUCUUAUAAUGUCACACUAACGAGUGUUUUCUCAAAUCCUGGACAAGAGCAUGCGGAAAUGAAGAGGAAAAACUUUUAAAAAGCAUUCAUAAGAAAAUUUAUUUCUCCAAGGACUCAGAACAGAGCUUCCUCUGCAGAGCUUUGAUCUCUCUCUUUUAUAUUUUUGAAGCCAGCAUUCAGAAAGGGAAAGUACAGUUGGGCGUCUGAACUCGUUAAAAACAGCUGAAAUGGAUUCACUCUCUGUGGAGGAACUGUCCUGUCCCGUGUGCUAUGAAAUCUUCAAGGCUCCUGUGCUUCUGUCCUGUAGUCACAGUGUCUGUAAAGUGUGUCUUCAACAGCUCUGGAAAACCAAAAACACUCAGGAGUGUCCCGUUUGCAGGAGAAGAUCCUCAAAACAGGAACCACCGUAUAACCUCGCUUUGAAAAACUUGUGCGAGUCGUUCCUGAGGGACAGAAGAGAGAACUCGCCUGAGGACGUCUGCAGUUCUCACAGAGAGAAACUCAAGCUCUUCUGUCUGAAGGAUAAAGAGCCUGUGUGCGUAGUGUGCAGAGAUUCACGGAAACACGCUAAUCACACAUUUCAGCCUAUCAAUGAAGUUGUUCCAUCUUACAAGGAGGAGCUUAAAACAGCACUGAAGUCCUUACAAGAAAAACUUAAAUACAGGGAAGAGAUUAGAGGAGAGUACAAUAAAACUGUUCAACACAUAAAGACUCAAGCUGAGCACACAGAGCGUCAGGUUCAACACGAGUUUGAGAAGCUUCAUCAGUUUCUCAGUGAUGAAGAACAAGCUACGAUCUCUGCACUGAGAAAGGAAGUGGAGAAGAAGAAUCAGAUGAUGAAGGAGAAGCUGGAGGAGAUGAACAGACACAUCUCAGCUCUUUCACACACCAUCAAAGACAUCGAGGAAAGAAUGAAAGCCAAUGACGUCUCGUUUCUGAAGAACUUUAAUGUCACAAAGGAAAGAGCCCGUGGCACUCAGCCCGAUCCAGAGAGGUGCUGUGGAGCUUUGAUUGAUGUACCGAAUUACUUGGGCAAUCUGGCAUUCAGAGUCUGGAAGAAGAUGCAAGACACUGUCCAAAACACUCCAGUGGUCCUGGACCCAAACACUGCAAGUCCACAACUCGUCCUGUCUGAUGAUCUGACCAGUCUGACAUACAACAAGACCAGGCUACCGCUUCCUGAUAAUCCAGAGAGAUUCGACUUCUUUCGCUGUGUUGUGGGUUCGGAGGGCUUUAAAUCAGGAACACACUGCUGGGACGUGGAGGUGGGGAACAAUUCAGCUUGGACUGUGGGAAUAAUCGCAGCCUCGUACCAAAGGAAAGGAGAUGCUUUCUUCAGAGAAGGUGUCUGGUACGUGCAGUACACGGGGAAAGAGUACUUGUCGCAGUCUCCUGAACAACCCGCCGCUCGCUUUCCCGUUAAAGACAAGCUCCGGUGCAUGAGAGUUCAUCUGGACUGGGACAGUGGAAACAUGUCGUUCUCUGACCCUGUAACUAACACACCACUGCGUACAUUCAAGACCACCUUUAGAGAGACACUCUUUCCAUUCUUUCAGAGUAUUUGUGAAACGUCCCCGCUGAGGAUCGUACCAGUUAGAGUGAAAAUCAGCUCUAUUUGAAGCUGCUUGUAGAUGAAGGUUUUCAAGUUAACUUUAAGGAGUGAGUUGUAUUGCCUUUGUAUUUUAGAUAGGUUAGAUAUACA